AUGGGCCCCCGUACCAACUCCUCAUGCUGCUGCCAGGCCCGUAAUCUGUCAUGGGCCCCUGUACCGCCUCCUCAUGCUGCUGCCAGGCCCGUAAUCUGCCAUGGGCCCCCGUACCGACUCCUCAUGCUGCUGCCAGGCCCGUAAUCUGUCAUGGGCCCCUGUACCGCCUCCUCAUGCUGCUGCCAGGUCCAGAGUGUGUCUUGGGUCCCUGUACGGCCUCCCAUUGCUGCUGUCUCCAUCGCCACACUCUGCCAUGUGCCACUUUCAGGUCUCCUCACACUGCUGGUGGGUUCCAUUUUGUCAUAGGGUGCUGGCAGAUUACGGGCCUCCCAUUGCUGCUGCCAGGCCCGUAAUCUGCCAUGGGCCCCCGUACCGACUCCUCAUGCUGCUGCCA